AUGGAGCCCAACACUGUCCUGAGCGAGAGGUUUUUCAUCGUCAUUCGUGGCAAGACCAGGAAAGGUUUCUGCCGAGGCUGUAUUGGUCGCGUGGAAGCUGAGACUCCAUCCGGAGAGCUGAUGGGGCUCCUGUACGGAUGUGGCACCAACGCGGGGAGCCCAAAAAACGGAGGCCUGGUGAGGAAGGAGGACGUGUACCUGCUGACACGCCACCAGGCCCAGCUGCUGCUCUUUAUUUCCAGUACCAGCAGGCGCCUGGAGGUGCUGUGCAACCCGCAGCUCUUCUCAGCCAUCUGUGAGCUGUCUCAGGAUGACCUGGUGGUGGUCAGUCACAAGAAGGGACACGUCCCCGGACUGGUGAGGAACCUGAUGCAGAUUGGAAGGAAAGAGAGCAAAGAGGAUCUGCACAUGCUUGGCUUCGAGCUGGAAUUUGUGGACACUGAUACUUUUUUGUCAGUGAAACCCGCUGCUCCUCUGCCCAUCUUCAGCGCAGCGGACAUUGUCCAGGUGGUUCCGUCUUACUCUGUCCCGCUCGGACUGCAAUGGAGAGACGGCAAAUAUGCAAGUACAGGCAGGAAAACUGUGUCACGCAUCAACUCCAUGCCAAGUAUUGGAAGCCGUGCUCGCCAAGCCACAGAGACCCAAACAGAGCGGAGGGUGGUCCAGAACCAGCGGCCGACCACAGCACAUGUGCCUCUGGAGGUGGGCUCCAUUGUGGAGGUCGUCUCCAACACGGGGGUCAAAGUGUACGGAGUCAUCCAGUGGAUGGGGAUCCUGGAGGGGAAGGCAGGUGAAUGGGCAGGGAUCGAACUGGACUUUGAUGUGAGAGGCUGCUCUGACGGGACGUAUGAAGGUCAGAGGUUUUUCACCUGCAAAGAAAACCGAGCCUUGUUUGUUCCGGUCACAAAGUGCAGCCCUGACAGCAGGUUUGUCACCUGCUCCACAGAAAGUCCCCUCAGAGCCACCCAGACACCUGCAGUUCCACCCUUCGAGGACACGGGGGAGGAUGCACCACCUGUUCCAGAAUCUAAGGCGGUGUCGUUGUUUGUUGGGAAAAUGAAGGGAAUACAAGGUCACAAUAACUCUUGUUACCUGGACGCUACUCUGUUCAGCCUGUUCAGUUCAUCUGUGACAGUGGAUAAUAUCUGCCAUAAGCCUGCAGACGAAGAACAACCCAUAACCUGCACUCUGAGGGCAAUAAUCAACCGUUUGCGCAGGCAAGGGUUUGUGCCUGCAGAGAGUGUGAUGAAUUUUCGCAAACAGCUUGGCUGUGAAACUUUUAGCACACACGAAAAAGGUCAUUGUGACAAACGACUGAAGCUCCUGUUCAUGGAUCUGUGUCGUCCUAAAACAGACCCUGAGGAGUUUAUUACAGUCCUCUUUCAGAAGGUGCUUUGCAGUGAGCCUCUGCUGAAGCUUAGAUCAGAAGUAGGAACAUCUCAGGGAGCAUACACCCUCCAAAUCUUCUUGGAAAAACAGCAGAUCAGACAGAUGCCCACUGUUCAGCAGCUGCUUGACACGUCCUGCCUGUCAGGUGACCUCAAAUUUGAAACGAUGCCCUCCUGUUUGAUCAUCCAGAUGCCGAGGUGUGGAAACAAGUACAAGAUGUUUUCUCACAUUAUUCCUACCACUGAGCUGGACAUUACAGACCUCCUAUACAGCUCUCCAAGGGACUGUUUCAUCUGUGGAUGUUUGGCAGAGUUUGAGUGUCUUCAGUGUUUACCAGAUUACAAACUGCAACCAGGAAGAAUCAAACAGUACUGCAGUACCUGUAACACUCAGGUGCAUGCCAAUCCAUCCCGGUGCAGUCACUGUCCAAGGGCGCUCAUAGUACCAGCAGGUGUAGCCACCGACGGUCCUGUUCCCAGGCACAAAGUUCAUCUGUUUGCUGUGCUCUGCAUUAAAACCAGCCACUAUGUGUCCUUUGUCAAAUACGGUCCUGGUCCGCACUCGUGGUUUUUUUUUGACUGCAUGGCAGACAGAUGUGGUGACGAUCAGAAUGGUUACAACAUUCCUGAAGUCCAAGCUUGUCCUGAGAUCGGUGACUUCCUGUGUCAGCCAGAGGAGGAGCUGACCCGGGCUAAUCCUUUUCAGGCUCCUGAGAUGGUUCAAAGGCUGCUGUGCGACUCCUACAUGUUUUUGUACCACAUACCAGCCAUGUGACUUUCAAAGCCAAACAAUGGAGAACUUUAA